AUGUUCGUGUUCGAGUCCGUCGCUGGGGGAGCUCUGGCGCUGCUGGACGUGGCCACAAAGGCCCAACUGCCGUUUGAAGAGUACGUGGUGGUGGCUGGACGCGUGCAGAGUGCUCGCCAGCUCACGUGUCUUGGUGGACGCGUCAAGCGCGACGGGAAGCGCCGGCUGCUGGUUGUCCCGUUAAUCGGCCAGGCUCAAGAUGCCCAGACUCCGAGCGUGCAGGUGCUUGACGUGGGCGAGGUGGCUGUCAACUUGCUGCUAGGGGUGAAGGCGUGCUUCCCCUCGCUGGUGCGCAAGAACCCCUUGGCUGAGCCCAUGGACGACGACGACAGCGACUCGGAGGAAGAGGAGGAAGCUCACAUGGAGCAGGAAUCAGACUCGGCUGCUGAAGACCCUGAAGCGAAUAGACAGAAGCAAUUGCAGGCGGAGGCGGUGGAGUACAUGAACCAAACGAGGGUCAAGGUGCUCGCGUCGCUGGACGAGCUCUUUAGUGCCUUCCAGAUUGCAGAUCCGACGAAUGUGCUGGUGUCGCUGCGCAACGAUCCGUCGUUGCCUAAGAAUUGCCAGUUAUUGUGUAUGGACUGCCCCCCGCUAGGCAGUGCGGAGGACUCGGCGCAUGCAGCUGCGCCGCGCGCGUUUUCAACGUCUGCAGCUCCACCGGAGCCGCUCAACUUCGGCGUCUUGUUCGCCGAAGUGGCGACCAGCAAGAAGAACGAGCAGUUCCUGCAUAUCCCCGUGCCGCGCUCGCCGCCUCUGCCAGCGCCGGCAGCUCAAGGAGAUGACUGCGUGCAGGAGAGCUUCCAGGAUGCUACAGUGCUGACGUUUGGAGCCAAGCGCGAGGCUACUGCGCACGGCGGCGGCAAGACCUGCGACGAGAUGAUCAAGAACAUCCGCAUGCGCCACGCGUCGGGCACAUUUUGCACACUGGUUCUGCCGACGAAGACGUGGGGGCAAGUGGUCGACGAGCACAAGGCGUUCCUCCCGCAGGUGAGCGAGCUACACGGCGAGUUGCGUCUGCGUCGCUUGAUGGGGAACGCUCCUUGCGGAGUCCCAAUCGAACUGCUGCUUGAAAGCUAA